UUCCUUUCAGUUUUUACAUUUUACCGUCUGCUCCGGAGAGUACAUCGUAGUACUAAUAAAUAAUUCUCUCUCCUGCAAAAGUUUCUCUCUGGAAUUUGGCGCUACGCAUCAGCUUCUUCGAGCAACGAAGCUUCGCUCGUUCGCUCGAGAUGCGUCGUUCUGCAUCGAGGAAAUCGGGUCAAUCCAAUUCUGCUAGUCCGAUCACUGCUUCAGCCACGGAUCUCUUUCGCUCAGCAGCGAGUAAGGCAUCAUCAAAAGACAUGGAACGGAUUGAUAAUCUCUUUUAUUCAUAUGCAAAUAGGACUGCCGGUAUGAUUGACCCAGAAGGCAUUGAAGCGCUUUGUUCAGAUAUGGAAGUGCCAUAUACUGAUGUCAGGAUCUUGAUGCUUGCUUGGAAAAUGAAAUCUGAGAAACAAGGAUACUUUACUCUGGAAGAGUGGCGAAGAGGCUUGAAGGCGCUGAGGGCCGACACCAUAAGCAAAUUAAAGAAGGCUCUUCCUGAGCUUGAGAGAGAGGUCAGGAGGCCAUCAAACUUUGUGGAUUUCUAUUCCUAUUCAUUCCGGUAUUGCCUAACAGAGGAGAAACAAAAAAGCAUAGACAUAGAGAGCAUCUGCCAAUUGCUAGAUCUUGUUAUGGGAUCCCAGUUUCGUGCUCAGGUGGACUACUUCAUUGAGUAUUUGAAGAUUCAAAGCGAUUACAAAGUGAUAAAUAUGGAUCAAUGGAUGGGCUUUUACCGGUUUUGCAAUGAGAUAAGUUUCCCAGACUUUAGUAAUUACGACCCAGAGCUUGCUUGGCCAUUGAUCUUGGACAAUUUUGUGGAGUGGAUGCGGGCAAAGCAGACUUGAAGCUGUUGUCUUUGAUCAACUUGAUCCUCAGCCGUAAACUGCCAUGUCUACUCAAGUGGGUAUUGGUGGACUCUUUAUGUUCUUUUUCUCUUUAUGAAAGAUGUACUAGCUUAAGUCACUUCAGAGUGGUUGUUCGUUGAUCAAAAUUAUCGUCAUUAACAUUAUUGCAGGAUCGUCCAAAGCCUACUUUCCUCUCUUUGUUUUACCCUUUUCUGUUGUGAACUCUUCCUCAAACACCAACGUUCUGCGAAAUUGUUUCUCCUUGUUCUUGCUGAAGAUGGUCUUAAUACAUUUUAUUAGUUUUCUUGCAUCUUCUAUCAUCAGUGUGAUUGUGUAUUGUCCAGUUGGUGAAUUGAGAUGAUCUUUUAACAUUAGUUUUAAUUGGAUGCUGCUUUUGUAAUUUGAGGACACUGGAAGAGGAUAACACAGAGAGAGAUUUUAGGUUUGGAUAUAUACUCAUAUAUUGUGUUCCUUGUUGCUUUUGCUA